GGGGGUUUACAUUUCCGGUGUUUUACAUUUCGAGGGAAUUCCGCACCGCGCGCACAGCACCGUCCACCUCGAUUUCUCUAGGGUUUCCUCUCCCAUUCGAGCCGGCUUCGUCCCCUUCCUCUUCGUCGCCAUCCACCGCCGAAGUCGAGCCCCUACUCGGGCUUCGUCGCCAUCUCCGACUUCCUGUGAGUCGCCAUCCACCGCCGAAGAAGACCAUCUCCGACUUCCUGUGACUCGCCAUCCACCGCCGUCCAUCUUCGACUUGGGCUUCGUCGUCAUCUCCACAAAAGACCAGCUCUGACUUCGUUUUCAUCGCCAUCUCCGCAGAAGACCAUCUUCGAUUUCGAGUUUCACACCACCAGCGCAUCUUCAUCUUCUUCCACGUGAGCGAUCUCGGUCUUCGACCAUCGAUCUGGAGUCUUCGUCCACUGGAAGCGAUCUUGUUCUCUUUCAGCGAGUGAUCUUGGUCUCUGUUUCAGCGAGCGAUAUUCGUGUUCGUCAUCUCCGCCAAAGUCGACCUCCGAUUCCGACUUGCAGACCGCCGUUCAUCCUCGUCGCCAUCUUCGUCCACGGUGCCUUCGGCCAUGGUGAGGAAGAAGGAUAAUCUCUGCCCAAGAUUGUGCUUUGAUACCAAAAUGUCAGAGUUGAAUUUGACCGAGGGAAAUUCUCCUUUGAAUUUAGGAUAAUUGGGGGAAAAUGAGGGAAGGAAAUAGAGAGAAUUGAGAGGGAGAGAGAAGUAGAGAGAAUUAGGUGAGAGAAUUGGUUUGUUCUAUUCUCAGCAUGAUCCAAAGGAGCAGCAUCAAUUGUAAUUUAUAUUGAGCCGAGUCGGGAAAGGCGCCAAAUGCAGCCUCAUGUUCAAAUGUUUACAAGUUAUUUGAAAUUGAAAUAGGCCUAACUGCCUAACCGAAAUUUCCACCUACCAAACCCGCCAAUUACAACCAUUGUCCCAUGACAUGUAAUAAGGGUGAAGUGACAAUUAUUGAGAUUUGAUUUGUGCCUCAUAAAUAAGAUGGUUUGAACAUGUGAUGAAUGAGAUGAAUGGAUGAAAUGAAGUUGUAGCAAAAAAAAAAGUAGAGAAAGACCAAAAUAGACUCGGUGGAAAAUCCUUAAAUACACAUUAUAUAAUGGCUUUACAAAGGAUAUGGCUAGUGGACAUCUAAAUUUAUGUAGCCAGCCCCACCUAUUGGAAUUGAGGCUUGUGAUUGUUGUUGUUGCAUUGCUUCUAUCAUUCUUGACUUAAAUCGUUUUUUCACAUCUUUUUUCUCCUUUCAUUAACAUCUUAUCUUUCUCAACACAAUGUUAUCCAAUUGAGAAUACCUUGUUUUUGCAUUUUCUCGAGUUUCAAAGAAAUGGUGUCUAAUCCAAAUAACACAACCUCUUAAUGCAAUUUUACAAUUAUUACACCUCUAGUGGUAUUUUUUAUUUUCACAUUCUUCCUUUUACUAAUCUCAUCUAGAAAGAAAAAGUUCUUCACUUGAUGCACCUUCCACAGUUGCAUAGAGAGAAAGGUUUGGAUGUCAGAGAUUUUAGGGAGAACAACAUACUUUUAUUGUCUCUAUAAGAAGAUCUGGGAGGUUGACUUGUUUCAUCUUAAGCCUUAGAUAUGGAAUUGAGGAGAUAAGUUUUGAAGAGGUCCAUCUUAUAAAAAGUGGCUGUUUUGAGAACUGAGAAUGAGAAGCUAUGAUACCAUGUUGUGUACAUGAAACCUAGAUGGGCAAGUGAAAUAGUUGGAUUUCAGAGAUUAUUCAUUCGUGUACUCUUUGGCAUUUUAUGUAAGUGAUUGUUGAUGCUUGUUUGCACCCUGAUUGUAUGAAAAGUCUUUGACUUGUGUUGUCUUGUGAGUCAUCAACAACUUUAGGCUUUUAGUUCCCAUUUUGGGAACCCCCAAGGGCUAUGAAAUGGGUCUUACUCAUGCCUACUAGAGGGAAAGCAUUUCAUUUUUCUUUGCUUUUUAUUUCAGUCUUAUUCGAUGUUAAUUGCUAUACUAUCUUGCUCCUGUUAGAUAGGGUUCUCAAUGGGUUUGUCUAGCUCUUUGAAUAAUUUUCUUUUAUUAGCCCCCUAGAGCUGUAAUUUUGUCAUGUCAUAGUUUGCUCAGGGGUAACUAUUUUGUUCUUGUUAUAUAUUUGUGUUUUAUAGUAUGAUACUAUUCUUUGAGUAUAAAUCUGUAUAUUUUAAUGUAUCUUACAUGUAUAACAGAUUACUUCUCACUACUUGAAAACAAGACAACCAUACACAAUUUGUAUAACCAUUCAACUGGGGCGUAGCUCUGACUUCUAUAGAACAAGAACAACACAAGCCUUUGCCUUCUACGAAAGGUUAUUAUGGCAAAAGUCAGCAAGGUUCAUCAGAAGUCUAAUUCUCGAUGUCGUAAGGUUGCCUCAGAUUCCUUAUCAUCUCAUUUGUCGAAGGUUUUGAAAAAUGUGCACCAAAAGAAGAAGGGUUCAAAAGUAUUGAAGAAGAAAGAGUGGGAGAACGCAACUUGCUCAGUUUGUAUGGAAUACCCUCACAAUUCUGUUCUGCUCCUUUGCUCUUCUUACAACAAUGGUUGCCGCCCUUAUAUGUGUGCCACUAGUGAUCGCUAUUCCAACUGUCUUGAGCAGUACAAGAAAGCUUACACUAAAGUUACUUCAGUCCAGAUGUCAGAACCAUCUCAUGAAUCCAUAGAUCACUUGUUUUUUAGUCCAGGGUUAGGCUGUCCUAAUGAAAAGAGGGAAGUACCAGAGCUUUUGUGUCCACUUUGCCGAGGUCAGGUGAAAGGUUGGACAGUUGUGGAACCAGCACGCAAGUAUUUUAAUACUAAGAGGAGGACCUGUGCACAAGAUAACUGCUCAUUUGUUGGAACUUACAAAGAACUGAGGAAGCAUGCAAGGGUAGAGCAUCCAUUGGCACGCCCAAGAGAAGUGGACCCUUCACUAGCAGAGAAAUGGAAACGGCUUGAGCAUGAGAGAGAGCGAGAUGAUGUGAUCAGUACUAUCAGAUCAUCUAUGCCAGGGGCAAUUGUAAUUGGUGAUUAUGUAAUAGAGACGAACAAUCGUUUCUUUCCUGGGGGCUACAAUAUGGGUGACUAUCUGGGUGAUGCUAUUGUCAGGUUUGAAUCAUUUGGUGGAGGCAGGAAUGGUCAUGUCAACUCGGACGAGUUGUUUGGGGGUGGUUAUCACUUGUGGGAUGAGGAGGAUGAUGUCGAGAUGGAUCGUGAUGGCCUUGUACCUGCCUCUGUUCGUUUUGAUGAUAAUUAUACCUCCCGCUUCACCCGCUACCGCAGCAGGUUCUUGUCAAGGAGGAUGAGGCGACGGCGGAGGCGCGGAGCAACAAAUGGAGGUAGAUAAUUUUCAUAACUAAAAUUAGAAGACAAGAAGUACUGAGUCCAGGAUUUCACCUAAUCUACAAAUAUGUUAAGUUUGGCAUUUAUUUUUUAUGUUACUGCUGGGUAAAGCAUGCCAUGGAAAGUGCAACUGGAUCGCUACAAAACCUUCUGACCUUUGGAUCAAAUAGGCAGCUCCGCAUUUGGAUCUGCUCACCAAUGCCAUUAGUUCAUACAGUGAAGCAAAUCUUGAACAUUCCUCCCUGUUGUUUUAGUGUUUGGGUUUGUGAAUUAUCUUAGUUUAGGAACAGUUGACUGGCUUUCUCAUAGAUUAGCUGUCAUUUCGUUACAUAUGCACAGUGGUCAUUCAAACAGGACAUGGUAGGCAGUCUUUUAACAUCCAUAUUUGAACAUAUUUGCGUUGCAUGGUUUUCCUCUAAUGGGUUCUUCCUGUACAGCUUGACUGAUAUUGGGGAGUGAAUUUUCUUUCCAGCUGUGAAAAUUGAUAUUUGAUUAUGAUGCUUGGAUUACUCU